AUGAGCUUUUCAAAGAGAAAUUCGAUUUUGGCAUUAUGCCUGCUGAAUUUGUUGUUGUGCUUUGCUCUUGUCAAAGGAGAUACUUAUAUGCAGGGUAGUGUUUCUACCACUGCUGGCCCUGAUGUUGGCGCCACCGUAGCCCCAGGACCUACUGGUUCUACACCUCUUGGUACUGCACCUACCGAAGCUCCUACUGGCACUCCUACUGCUUGGGUUGCUACUGCUUGGGCUACUUCUGCCCCUUAUAUUGGAGCCACUGCCACGCCUUAUCCUUCUAAUCCAUCGGCUCUUAAUUCAUCUGCACCAUCUUCUCCAACUACUCCAUCCGCUCCAACAUCAACAACAUCAAGUGCUUUCCGCAACGUAGUUGCUGCUAAUUUAAUAUCUGUUGGUUUAUUUGUGUGUUCGAUGGCUUUUUAUUUGAAUUGA